AUGGUGGCAUUUGGUGAUUUGAAGUCAGAUAGUGGUUUGAAGAAACUGGAUGAAUUCUUGCUGACAAGAAGUUACAUAUCUGGGUUCCAACCAACUCAGGCUGACGUUAGCACUUAUACAGCUGUCGGCAAGUUACCAUCAACAAAUUUUGUCAAUGUAUUACGCUGGUACAAGCAUAUUGAUUCAUUUGGCGCUGAACGAAAACAAUUCCCAGCUGCAUCAGAAGGUGGUGAUGUAGAACCACAAGCUAAGCCUGUCGCUGCUUCUGCUCCUGCUGCCGCCGCAAACGAUGAUGACGCCGACGACUUGUUCGGUUCCGAUGAUGAUGAAGAGUUCGAAAAGUUAAGGCAAGAACGUCAAGCUGCCUAUGAGGCGAAAAAAGCCAACAAGCCAGUUGUUAUAGCAAAAUCCACCAUAGUCUUAGAUGUUAAACCAUGGGAUGAUGAAACUGAUAUGGCUGAAGUUGAGAAAGCUGUUCGUAGUAUCGAGAAGGAUGGAUUGGUGUGGGGUGCUUCAAAACUGGUUCCUUUAGCUUACGGUAUCAAGAAGUUGCAGAUUGGCUGUGUCGUCGAAGAUGAUAAGGUCGGAACUGAUUUCUUAGAAGAAGAGAUCACGAAGUUUGAAGAUCUUGUACAGUCAGUCGACAUUGCUGCCUUCAACAAGCUUUAA